AUGGUCCAACCUAUGGAACUGGCCACAGAGACACCCCCUGCACACCCCCCCCCGCCGCCUGUGCGGACCCCCCGCACACUGCUACACACACUGACACCCCCUCUGGAGACCACCCACUCCCGUGCACACACUCGUCUCCUCCAGCCCUGGAGCAGAGACCACACACGCUCACCCAAACGCAACUGGUGCUCCUACCCGGUGACGCGGACGGUGUCGUGCCACGUGCAGAACGGCACCUUCCUGCAGCGCGUCUUCCAGAGCUGCCGGUGGCCCCUGGCCUGCGGCGGCGACGCUCGUGGCUCCCUGGCGCUGCGGGACGCGGCCCGGCCCGGCCGGGGGGGCACCGGCCGGCCCCCCGCGGCCUUCUCAGGGCCCCCAGGCCCCCCCGGAGCCCCCGGCCGCGAUGGAGCCAAGGGCCUCCCCGGGGAGAAGGGGACCCCAGGGCUCCCUGGACCCCCAGGUCCCCCUGGCCCUCCCCGGGCCCCCAUAGGACCCUCCCCGCGUGUCCAUCCCAGCAGGCACGGAGGGCUCUUCCCCUCCGGCCUUCCCGGGUCUCGUGGGAAGCUCUCGGCCUCCGCCAGCAAACACAGCUCGAAUGAGCCGGGAGCCACGGCCCGCUGGGGGGUGCGGGCACAUCUAGCACGGGACCCGCUGCUCUCCAACAGCUUCACGGAUGUGACCGGGGGCAUCGUGGGCCCUGCCGGCCCCCCUGGCCCUGCAGGACCCGUGGGACCCCCAGGCCCCCCCGGCCCUGUCGGGCUGCCUGGGCCCCCCGGACCCCAGGGUAAAGUCGGACCACCCGGGGCUGCCGGCCCUGCCGGCGAGAAGGGAGACAGGGGGGAGGGUUUACACCAGCUCCGUGAGGCGCUGAAGAUCCUAGCAGAGAGGGUUCUCAUCCUGGAAACCAUGAUCGGGCUCUACG